GGGGGCAGCCCUGCACCGGAAAGAAAGCACAGUCGCGUCUCUUUCGCGACACAGCUUCUAAUUUUACGGCAGUGUUUUGGUCAGCCGUAAAGCGAAACGCGUAGCGUCGGAGGAAGGUUAAAGCGGUCCUACAAAACACGCAAUCAUGCCGCUCAUCGACAUUCAGUCAAAACUUGGCAUCAACAUGGACAAAUGGAUUCUCCUGCAGAGCGGAGAGCAGCCCUACAAGAGACCAGCUCGCUGCCACGCCUUCGAGAAGGAGUGGGUUGAAUGUUCCCACGGCAUCGGGCAGAUCCGCGCCAAGGAGGAGUGCAAGCUGGAGUAUGAGGACUUCUACGAGUGUAUGCACAGGCAGAAGAUGCACAAGAGGCUGUACACCAUCCGUCAGCAGCGAGACAAGAUGAUCAAGGAGGGGACCUACACGCCGCCCGACACCCACACAGGCAAGGCACCCGACCAGGCACCCUGAGGAGACACAGUUGCCCGCAGUCCUGCUGUUGUUUAUAGUAAAGCAGAUAUCACCAUUUCCUGUUCGCCUGUACAAGUUUGCAAAUAAAUGUUAU